AUGUUUGCUUUGUUUGUGUUGAUAAUAGUUUUUCUGUUCUGCCCGUAUUGGGGUUCCCUUCAUAAAAAUGAAGAAGAUCUUGGAACAUUGUGUUACAGAUGUAAGAAAUAUCAUCUUGGGUUAUGUUAUGAUAUGAUGAGAUCCUGUUCACUGAAGCAUAGGCAGUCCUGUGCUGCUGAGAACUUUUACAUACUCACACCAAAAGGGCAGAGCAUGUAUCAUUAUUCAAGACUGUCAUGUAUGACCAACUGUGAGGACAUCAACUUCCUGAGUUUUGAAAAGAGGACGGAGCUCAUCUGCUGUAAACACAGUAGCUACUGCAACCUUCCAAUGGGACUAUAG